AUGCUCCCUAGUACCCUUGCAGCGGCUAAUUUCACGGCUUUUCAACGCACCAUCCCUAGCUUGGAUAUUGUAAUCUUUUCAGAUGGAUCUAGGCUAAUAGACGGACGUGCAGGGGGUGGCUAUAUUGGAAUUCAAGCACACUAUCAGUUUCUCCGCUCCUCACUCUCAUACAGACAUGGGAAAGAGGUCUUUAACAUAGAAGUAGAAGCUGCUCUAGCUGAUGCUCAAGCAGCAAUAGCAUACCCAACAGCUCAAUUUGCUACCAACCUAUGGAUCUGUCUUGACAACCUGGAAGUUAUUAUGCACCUCCUAUCCCCCUCUACAGGAUCCUCUCAAGAGGUCUUUGAAUCCUUUCACACCCUUGCAGCCGCCUGGCUACUACGCGAAAGGCUUCCACACACCAAAAGUGGAUCAAUCCAAAUCCGAUGGGUCCCUGGACACACUAAAAUCUCUGAGAAUAAAGUAGCUGAUCUCGCUGCCAAGGAAGGAGCUAUCUCUAUCCCCCCCUCUCCAUACAAGUCCUCAUAUGCCUCGCUAAAGAGAUACGCCAAGACUCAAUCUCUUUCUGCUGCUCAGACACGGUGGCAGACUAUAGCACCACAGACAUACCAAGAUCUAGAAAUAACUACAUCUCCUAAACGCCCUAGAGAGCUUCAACUUAACCGACUUGACCUUGACUGUAUCAUAGCGGCCCGUACUGGUUAUGGAGACUUUGCGGAUUACUAUAAGCGCUUUAAUCAUGAUGACGCUUAUCUUCUUUGUCAGUGUAGAGCAUAA